AUGUAUUCCUAUAAACUUAAGAAGAAUGGAAUACGUACCCAAUUUGUUAGUGAUAUGAAUGAUAUGAUUAUAUAUACUUCUAAAAUAAAUGAAAAUGAUUGCAUAGCAUUUGAUAGUGGUUACUACUACUAUAUUAAAAAAUUUGUAGAAACUUGCGAU